GGGGCCAGCCAGCCAAGAGCUGUGAGGAGAAGGGAAUAGGACGAUGAGAUGAGAGCCCACUGGCGCUCCUGGUGCCACAGUUAAAGGACGUGCCAACGGUGCCCUGUCUGUCAAGUGCAAAGACAAACGACGCGCCAGGACCUCCGCUCUCUACGAGACGCCGACAUUUGUUCGUGCUUUCCUUUUCGUAUUUCGAUAAAACCCGUAUUUUUUCCGCUUCUCUGUCUCAUUCAUAGACGAGUGUGUGAAUCGGUUUUGAAAAGCAGUUUUAGUAUUUCGAAAAAUGGAACAUCGGUGAAAAUCUGCCUCUCAGUAUUAUAAGAAAGGACUCGUCGCUCGUUUUCACAGAGUUCUUAUUCAAUGCAUUCAAUGACAACAUCUUCAUAGCGGGAAAUAUCCAUUUCAAGUUCGCAUGGCGACGUGAACAGUUCAUGGUGAGGGGUUUUAUGCACAUUGUGCGGGAAGCGACGAAAACGAACGGUGAUCAAAACUGCAGGUGGAACUCAGAUACGAGAGAAAAAAUCGAGGGGUUUCAUCUCGAACUGAAGAGAAGUGAACUGUCCGUUCGGCAGUGUGUUGUUCAGGCAACAAGUGACUGACACAAUGAAGGUGGUGGGUGGUGCUGGUGAUGGUGGUGGAGGAAGAGCAGGUGUGAGGCUGAUGGCGGUGGCGUUGCUGAUGAUGAUGAUGGUCAUCGCAUGGGCACCGACGCCCACGCGGGCGGCGGCGGAUCCCCGAGUGGAUGCCCUCUCCUCCGUCCUUCGUGAGAUCACAGGCCAGCUGGAGCGGAUCAACAACGUGUACAUCAACAAGCUGGAGCGGGAGCUCUCCGAGAGCACAGCCAAGAUCUCCGCCCUGGAAGCGACCGUGCGGAGCAUCGCGGACAGAGCCGCCGCCUGGGACAACAUCCAGAAUCACAUGACGGUCUGGACUGACCAAUCCAGGACCAUGGAAAGGAAAAUGGACAUCCUCAACAGGUGCCACGAAAAGCAGGAGACCUGGGAGAGCCGCCUCAACGCUGUCGACGCCCUCAACCACAAGUUGACGGCACUCGACAAGAAGAUCAACGCCAUGACGCGACUCGAAUUCAAGGUCGAACAGGUGUCGGAGAGGGUGGAGGAGGUGGACUCCAAAAUCAACUGGGUGAAAAAGCAGAUGAACGCUCCGGAGACGCCCAUCAUCAACGAGUUCGCGGGACGCGGCCUCCUCAGCUCCCUCCUGAACAUCGAGACCAAGCUGGACAAUAUCACCUCCAAGAUAACUGACGGUAUCCAGACUGGAGGCGAUUACGCGUCCUACAAGAGGACCAGGCAGGUGUACGGAUCAAGAUUCCGACAGUUACGACCGACGGUUGAACCCGAGCCCGGCAUCACGUUCAUCACAGAUGGAGAGGAGACGUGCCACCUCCACCCGAAGGACUCUCGCAGGCUGCAGGACGUCAGCGCCAAAGUCGAUUUAGUGUUCGACCGCAUCACUGAUCCCGACUACGACUACGAUCUUUUAGUCAGCCACCUCCCAAGGGCAGCGCCUCUGACUGCUCAGAGUCUGCCUCCGACGAGCGAACCGAAUGGAGAUCCAAAUGAGCCUUCACCCGAACACUUAUUCGCCAGGUUUUGGAAGAGCUUGUUUUCGCCUUUCAAGAAGAUCAACCGGCGAUUCAGAGGCUUUGAAACUCAACUCGCCUCCAUACACAGGUCCUGCAACGAAUCAGCAAGCAUGGAAGGAUAUGCUUCCGGGGUCGGUGACGUUCUCCAGCAGAAGCUGAGGCCCCUCGAUCAAGCCCUCAGGGAAGAAAUGGAGGAGACCAGGGUAGCCGUCAAUGACCAGGCCUCCAACAUUGAGAAAGUUUCACAAGCAGUGAGCAACACAGCUUACAUGAGUGAACAACUGCUGUCCGAGAUCAAAAACCAGUUCCAAGCUCACAGAAUCAUCCUCCAAGAGAAGUUUGACGAGACGCGAAACAUGUUCCUGCAAUACUGUGCCCAUGGUGGGGGAGGCAGCCAGGGCCCAUGGGCUCCCACUUACGCCCCUCGGGAGCCAGACUACGUCCCAGAAGAGCCUUCUUACCCCCCGAGAGAGGAACCCAAAAUGCCCCCUUCUCGUCACCCAGCGCCCCCCGCCAUACCACCCACGCCACCUUCUUCCAGAAACAACUGGAUACAGCCUCCAGAGAUUGAGCCGAACAUACACACCUUACAGGGUGAACGGAGCUUCUAUCGAAAUCGCCACCGGCUGGCGUACAAGUAUCACGACCGACCUCGUGUGAAAACAGGGAGAACAAAUCGCAAGUCCUCUAAGAGGAGGAAAUCUAACAGCAGUGAUAUACGGGACUGCUCGGAUCUCUUCAAGGAAAGGCUCACAAUGAGAACUUUGUAUAACUUUGCACCCAACCAACUGCCUUACACAGAGUCAGGGCAUGAUUACUACACAAGGUACUGUGACAUGGAGACAAGUGGAGGAGGGUGGACAGUAAUCCAGAGGCGAGGAAUGUUUGGUGCUCCUUAUGAGAAUUUCACCAUGAGCUGGAAGGACUACAAAGUAGGCUUUGGCGACCUGAAUCGAGAAUUCUGGUGGGGAAAUGACAACAUUCAAAGACUGGUCCACGAGCAAGACAUGACCAUCCGGUUUGAUCUUUGGGACUUCAAAGGAAACUAUGCAUAUGCAGAGUACCUCAACUUCAGCAUUGCGCCCGAGAAGGACAACUACAAGUUGAGCGUGUUUGGGUAUAAGGGCAACGCCUCCGACAGCUUCUCUGCCCACAACGGCUACCUCUUCUCCACCUACGACCGGGAUAAUGACGAGGCUCCUGAGUGUUGUCCCUGUGCCCCUGCUUACGGGGGAGGAUGGUGGUUCUACAGCUGUUUCGAGAGUAACCUGAACGGCGAGUACUACAUCAACCCAGAGGACAACGACUACUAUCGGGGCAUCAUUUGGGAACUAUGGCUCGGAGACUACUCCCUCAAAGCGACCGAAAUCAAGGUGAGGCCCGCCAGCUUCUCCAACGGAGGUCAAGACGGAGGGGACCCGAAGAAGCCAGGUGACCCGUACCCGACGCCUGGGCACCAAGACCCCAACCCGACCCUGGCGCCGGAGCUGCCCCUCCGGCAGCCCAUCAGGAGAUCGUAAUAUACCAAAUAUCUGUGAUCUUAUCUUAUUUCUUGUAUGUAAUUUCUUAUUUAAUUGUCGUAUCCUAAAGGUCAUGUAAACAGACUAAUAAUACUAAAGCAAUUAAGAUCUUAUGUUUUUAUAAGAUCGUAUUUGCAAAAUAACAAUGUGUAACUUCCUCGUAGCGAUGAUAAUUAUGUAAUACAAAGUCUUGACGACAGAACUGUGGACCCUCACUUCAAUAAACAGUUUACACGGUCUUCAAAA